AUGUAUGGGCCGGCUGCGCAUGCGUUCCCGGCACGUGGUCCCGGGAUUGCUGCUAUUGCUAUGGUAACAAGAUCACAAAGAUCUCUCUUCAUUUCUCUAUCGGAAGCGACACAGAAAGCGAAUAUGGCCAGGACUCUGCAGGAUCUUCCCAUCUUGGUCCUCCCGACCAUCAUCGCAGAGGACUACGAUACAAAGAUGGUUCUACCCGAGGAUCGUGACAUGGAACGGGAACGAAUCCGGUCCUUGUCUGGAGGUGCCAAAGCAUCCUCUUCUGGGUCGAGUCGAGAAUCAUCGUCGAGUUCCAUCACGGGACGAUUUCGUCGCCAAUCUGGUGAUGAUGCGCACAAUAAGAAGACAGGCACAGCUCUCUUUGACGCCUUUCGGCCGAGGUCGAAAUCAGAUAGCAAAAGUAAAAGGCCCACAUUUAUGUCUUCUCUCAGGUCCAGCAUGAUGUCACCCACGGGUACAAUUUCUCGCUCGACCGUAGUUAGUCCAACCUCACCUCUCGCCACCCAUAGCAUACCUCCUCCACAGAACAACCUUUUAUUCGAACCACACAGGCCUAGAUCCGGGUCAGACAGCCGUGGAGCGGUGUCGAAAAUGUUCGAAAUGCUAAGACACAGAUCACAGUCAGUCACAUCAGACCUAAAAAAUAAAUCAAAACUUGGUACAAAUUCUACAUCAAAUUCAUCAUCAGGGAAGGCUGUUACACCAG